CCCUCCUCCUCAUCUCUCUCCCCUCCCCCCUCUCUCUCCCUGUCUAUUUACACACACACACACACACACACACACAAUAUAUUUAUAUCUGGCUGCCUUUGAUAAUUGGUAUCGACGACCUUUCACCACCGCUGAGAAAUCAGAUUUGGGUCUCUCUCUGAUCUAUACUUUCACCGCCAAAAAAAGGAAAAUGACCACCCUCAGGCGUUUCUGGUAAAUUCCAUUGUCCGGUGCUGACGUGGCAAAAAGACACGUGUCAAUCGGUGAUAAUGUCGUCAAAUAAGCGUAAAGAGAGAGAGGAGGCUUUCGAGUGUAUGAAGCCAACAACAAAGCUAGCGAAGCCGACUUUCAGCCGAGCCGAUUCGCCGACUGCUCCCGAAGCUGUGAAUCGGGUGUCGAGCAAUCAGCUUCUAGCAGGAUAUCUUGCCCAUGAGUUCCUCACAAAGGGUACACUCUUUGGGCAACAAUGGGACCCGGCUAGAGCCGAGGCUGUUCCGGUGUCGGCUGAGUUGAGGAGACUGAAGUCUAUCCAGAAAGCGAAAGCUGAGCCGAGUUCAAAAGCCGAGGUGCAGAUGGAAAAGUAUGAGAGGUAUGUUGAGGUAGCGGAUCUAUUCAAGACAGAUGGAGCCCACUUACCCGGCGUUGUCAACCCGACCCAACUCGCCCGUUUGUUACAACUCUGAUGUAUUUGAAGGUCAGUCGACGAAUUUCAUUGGUCUAUUCAAGACAGAUGGAGCCCACUUACCCCGCGUUGUCAACCCGGCCCAACUUGCCCGUUUGAUUCGAAGGUCAGCGUUGCCACGUGGAAGAAUUUCAUUGAUCAGUCUUGGACCGUUUUUAUUUAUUUUACUUUUUUUAAUUUAAUGAGUAAAGUUUUUUUUUACUUGGAGAGACUUUAGUGAUAUGUAUUUUGAGGUGCAUUUAAAACGACUGAAUUAGAGAGUAUUUGGGGAUUAUGAUUUUGUGGUGGGGAGGAAAUUUUAUAUGUGGAAUUUAUAAGGAGUAUAAAUUUAAGAUGAAGUAGAUUGACGGAACAAAUUCAUGUUUGUAAAUGUUUUUACAACUGUAAAAAUAAGACUUUGUAGCACUUAUAUCCGUUUGGUUCGAUAUAAAA